UGACUCCAGGGCUGGUGCGUGCUCUCUCCACUGCGUCACCUACCUGCCCUUGGAGAGAGUAGUUUGAGUGGAAUGAUUGAGGCCAGAGGCUGGUCUGGAGAAGGUUUGGAAAAGAUUGUGGACUGACUGCCUUCUUAGGGAAGCUUCUUGAGAAUACUGCUUUGCCCAUGGGCAUCUCCAUUUCCUUCUUUCCCUGGCCAGACUGCCCCUCUUUAAGCAUCUGGCUCCAUUUUCAGGACAAUUAAUUGAGCUUAGAAUGAGAGGCUCUGGGAGGUUCCUUCUAACAACUUGAUACAUUUAUGAGCAGGAUGGUACAAAGUAGCCUUGAAUGAAGAAGCUGGGGCAGGAAUUUUCCCUUUGAAGAUGCCAAGUUGUAUUGAGGGACAUGGCGGGAAGCUAACACUGCUUUGGCCGUGCUUUGAGGUGGCUUUUCUGUUCACAAGGCCAUCCGUGUGUUCACAUUUCACUUUGGCCACUUCUGGGAUCAUUAUGGCUUCUCAGGGCUGCCUCAGUUUCCUCCUCUGUAAAAUGAGGAAAGUGGAGUAGAUGACCUCUGAGGUCCCUUCCAGAGUCUAUGACUGUGGUCUUAGGAGCUCAGUCUCAUGUGAAGUGAGUGAAUGGAGGAGUUGUUAGUGUGACCAAGGUGGGUGUGGGGGUCCCUGUGGAGCCUAUCCCUUUUGCCUCUGGCAAUUUAAUCAGCCAUGCCUCCUGACCACAGUUAGCUCCUUUUUUGACCUUGGGGCAAUCCAAUGGCCCCUCCAGUCGGCUUGGUUCCCUCCCCUUAUGCUUUAUGGCCUUUCUAGUAAAUGAAAAUUCCUCAGUCUCCAGUUAGGAAAAUUCCUAACGUUGAGGCAGAGGUAAAAUUCAGAUGACUGAAAAAUGUUUGGACAAAGAAGCAAGCAUAAUACAUUGGGAGAGGAACGUGGGGAAGGAGCUGACCUUUCAAUCAGGCUUCUCCUAGUCUUUGAAGAGGUAGGUCUAACUUGGGGCCUCAGUCUGACUCUUCUGUUCUGAGAUGCCCGAAGGCCUACCCUCCUGCCUUGGUUUCUCCCUAGCUGCCCUGAGCACCACUCCUCUCAUGGUUAUCUUGCCUGUGAACCUCUGUUGCACUUCAGUAAUUGUGAGCUGAGGUAGCAGUCAUAGGGAGAGUAUUCAGGGAUGGAACUGAAGGGCUGCUGUGCAGAGUUCUUCUUGGGAAGCCUAGCUGCGACACUCUGACUAUCUUCUCGGACAAAGGAGCCUCUGUGAGCUGGGAGGGAGCAGAGGCCUGAGGCUCAGAAUACAGUGGUGUUGUCCACACUAUCACCAUGUGCAGGCCAGAGCCCUCAUCCCCUCCACCUGGCUACAUGGCCCUGUCCUCAGCCUUGGCACAGUCAUUGCCCUCUUUUCUCCAGGAGUUCAUUGUCUGGCUCGAAGUCUUUCCCACUCCAGCCCCCUCCUUGCUGUCAUACUUGGAGGCACAUGGGAAAAAGUCAAUCCAGAAAAAGGAGGAAGGAGGGAGGAUGCAGACCAUCAAGUGUGUGGUGGUUGGCGAUGGGGCUGUGGGCAAGACUUGCCUUCUCAUCAGCUAUACGACCAAUGCCUUUCCCGAGGAGUACAUCCCCACGGUCUUCGACAACUACAGUGCCCAGAUGUCUGUGGAUGGCCGGACAGUCAGCCUGAAUUUGUGGGACACAGCUGGUCAAGAGGAGUAUGACCGCCUCCGGACCCUGUCUUACCCGCAGACCAAUGUCUUUGUCAUCUGCUUCUCCAUUGGCAGCCCCUCAUCCUAUGCCAACGUGCGACACAAGUGGCACCCCGAGGUCUCUCAUCACUGCCCCAACGUGCCUAUCCUGCUCGUGGGCACCAAAAAGGACCUGCGGAAUGACCUUGCGACGUUGAAGAGGCUGAAGGAGCUGAGCCUAACACCUACUACCCCUCAGCAAGGGACCUCCCUGGCCAAGCAGGUGGGCGCUGUGAAGUAUUUGGAGUGCUCAGCCCUGAUGCAAGAUGGAGUUGGUGAGGUAUUUGCAGAGGCUGUGAGAGCUGUGCUGUACCCUGUCACCAAGAAGAACACAAAGAAAUGCAUCCUCUUGUAGCUCCUGGGACAAUGCCUAGGCACCAUGCAGAGCCAGGAACCCUUCCGUAGUCCCCAGUCCUGGGCCUGAUUUGGAAGUGGGGGAAGGGGGCAGGGGGGAGCUGGCCACAGCUUGGCACGACUGCCUGCUCCUUGGUGCUGAGCAUUGGUCUUUGUGGGCAAAAAGAAAGAAGGCAGGUGUGGUUGCAUGACGUUGUUGCCUUGAGGUUUUUCUUUUCUUUCUUUCUUUCCUUUUUUUUUUUGAUGUACUAAUUUUUGAAAAUGUUCUCAUGUCUGUUUCCCAGAUGUUCCCUGUUCCUCUCCUUCUGCCUCUCUUCCCCCAAGACUAGGCUUUUUCGUGGGAAAGGUUUAUGACAAACGGGGCCUCCAGAUGAGGCUAGUGGGGCUGGAGGAGCUCAUGGCCUCUUAGAUCACCUUUGGGGGCCUCAGGUGACAUCUCCGCUUUGGCGCAGAGUAAAUGCUUCAUAAAUACUCAUUUGUUGAUGCAAAGAUUAAUGGGGGUACUGGUGCUCUGGGGCUAGCAUUUCAUUCCCCUUCUCUACCAUGAAGAGAAAGGUGUAAGAAAGGGAAAUGGCAGUACACAGGACGUGCUGAGCUUACUUCUUACCACUUACAUUAAGGGGAUUCUGUGUCCCUAUUCUUCUGGGCUGAACUUUGAGACUACUUGAUAGGGAUAGCUUUCCUAUCUCCAUCCCUGCCCUAUGAGGCUUGGCAACUGCUCCCUCCUUAGGGCUCUUAAAGUAGCUUGAGGCUGGGAUUGUCCCACCCUUGAUUGAGGCCGUCCCCUGUUUGGCCCAAGCAACUCAGCUCUUCUGUCCCCCUCCCCCCCAUUUUUCCUCCAGCUGAGUUUAAAGGAUUUUGUGAUUCCCUAAAAGGAAAAGGAGAAAACCUUUUAACUUUUGAUUCUGGGCUCUGCUUUGGGAGGGACAGCCAGAUGAAAUGCUGACCUCCUCACACACCCCACUUUUCAAAAUUACACUGAGGCUGUUGGGAAUUUGGGAAAUGGAAUAAAAAGGGUCUCUUGUGCCUUCAGUGAAUACUAUGUGCCUUUGGUGACCCCAGCAUCCCCCCCACCCCCGGGGUCAGCUUUCUGGAGGACUAGGAACCCAGGUUAGAGGCACUAUUAGGGAAUUUGCACCAUCCUUUCUCUCCUCCUCAUCCUAAACAAAUGUCUCUUCUUUAUUAUGUGCCAUGAGAUCAUGAGAUGGAACUUACCAGGCUUUCUGGUCACUUUAUCUCAAGCUGCAGACACUGCUUCCUGGUACUUCCACAUAGCCUGGCACCAGUGGAUUGAACCUGUGAAAGAAAGGCCCACAAAACACACUGCUGCCCAUAUGUGGGUUUCUGACUCCGUCCCCACACCCAUGCUUGUUUUCACAGGUGCGAGCCGCUGUGGUAGUAUCCCAGGGGACUAGGACAAGGCUGCCUUUCUUGGUAGAGGCAGAAUCUUCUUAGAACUUUGGGGGGAAAGGCCGUGCUAUAAUGAGGGGAGUAUGUUGUCCUCAAGAGCCAGCCACUUCUGGGCAUGCUGUGUCAGCUAGUGUCAGCCAAAUGAGAUCUCCAAAGUGCAUUAGGGCUAUUCUGCUGGAUGAAGGUUUGUAGUACCCUCUGAGGGCUUUGUCAGGGUCUUCUGACUGAAAAGUUUUCAACUCAAUUUUAUCUGCAGUUCCAAAUUCUCUCAGUUCCCUCUCCCACCCAUUGAGAAGGCAAGAAAACUAGAACUGAUUACAAAUAUGUAUACUCAUACAAAACACGUUUCCACGUUAGCCAUAUUUCCGCCACUCCUCCCCCCCUCAAAAAAAAAAGUUAAAGAGAAGGAAAUAUGCCUCAGUCGUUAUUCCUGAGUCUACCAGCUCUUUAUCUGGAGAUGGAUAGCAUGUUUCAUCUUGAGUGCUUAGAAUUAUGGCUGGGUCAUUGUGUUGCUAAGAGUUCCUAAGUCUUUCAGUUGCUUUUCUUUACAAUACUGUGACUACUUUGUAGAUUGAUCUGGUUCUGCCUACUUCACUCUGUCUUCCCAGGUUUUUCUCCAAUCAAUGGGCAUCCUCUCAAACUGAGGAGUUUGAAUAUUUCUUCCAGGAAAAUACUUUCCCCCAGUAUAUGAAGAUAUCUGUCAGGGGAGGUUACUUGGUUUCUCAGCAUUAGUGAAUGCUCUAUUGCCAGUGAUGUCAAAGGCUUGGCUCUGACUUAUUUGGUAGGGCAAGUUUUGGGGGGUAUUUGAUAUGAAUGGAAGACUGACACUUAGAACUGCAGCAGUUCUCUUGUGGGGAUUUUAAUCCUGUGGUGCCUUCCCUCCCAUCCUCACACUCUUCAAAUCUGGGUAUUGCUUGGGCAAACUUUGGUUUCUCUUGAAAAUGGAUUUAGCCCAUCUGGUGGAGCAGGGAGUCGCCUGUGCCCAUGGCUGAUGGGAUGUGGUACUGUAACAUACACUGGUAACUUGAUUUGUAUACUUAAAUGGAUUUUGUAUGAAGACUAAUAUGCUAGAGUCACUUGUAAAUUAUUCAUAAUUAAACGGUGGUAAAGCUUUGCUGAUA